CCAGUUUCUUAUUGCGGAAGGUCUCCCGGAUGUGACGUAGACUUCACGCUCGCGUCCCUCCGCCAGUGUUUUUAAAAAAGCGGCGGUUGCACCUCGACCACUUUUUGGUGAAUAAGUAACAUUUAUUUCUUUCCUGCAGUUGUCCAGAGCAGUGUUACAACCGGGAUACUGGUUUUCUUUACAGUUGCAAGGCCUUUUACUGCGCCGGGAUCAUGCAGCACCAGCAGUAUGCCGAGGAGCGAGGCCUUCUGGGGGCUCUCUGUCCUGGGGAGAAGAAGCUGGAGGGGAAAACGUUCUACUUGGACAGCCUAAAGAAACGCUCAACAGCCCUUCUUUUGGAGGCUGUAUCUCUUCUGGGAGGGAGGGUCGAGAGUUUCCUGCACAAGGACGUGUGCUUUAUCGUGACUGGAAGCCGAGAGGCCCCAAAGGAGCAGAAGCGUACGGAUACUAAAGCAGAGAGAAAAGGGACGAGUGAAGAAGCCCAACGUCCCAUAAUGCAGCGAGAGAGCGUCCUCAGCAGUGACAAGCGGCGACCAGCAAUUCCUAGACCAACGCCUUGUGGCAGCCGUGGGAAGGCCCUGCUCGAAAAAGCCAUUCGCAACAAUGAACGACUGCAGGGGACGAGCGUUUUGGACAACGCACGCUCAUGGGGAGUGAAGAUUUUGUAUGUGGAUGACGUCCUUUUGUAUUUGAAGCAGUUGACUCGACAGAGCGUUUGUGGUGUACUCAAGAGGCCGGAGAAGACAUCUUCCAAACAGCAAGGCUUUCAUGUUGUCAAAGCUGCAGCGUUGAGGUCCCCCUUUCUUAAAAUUGAAGACAUAAGCAGGAAAUACAGACCCUUGCAUUUGCAAUCUAUGAUCUUCCCCACUCUGUGGUACUCUGGACGAUUUAGUCCCUUUGAAUCUCCCCCGCCUCUGUUUGAAAAGCAAGACGAGAGUAAAACAAGGGAGAAGAAAAAAGUUGAAAGCAGCCUUCAGGACAAAUCUCCAACGACACUCUGCUGUGACCCUUCACCUUUGAGGCCACGCAAAAAAGAAGUGUCUUUCUGCGAAUGCUGCCACCAACCCUUCACUCGUCUGGAGGAGCACCUGCAGUCUGAUCAGCACCGGGCUUUUGUUCUGGACGCCUCAAACUACAGCGUGCUGGACGACCUCGUGGCCGAGAUGCUCCCGUGCUUUGCCCCCCAUUCGGCUCAACCGCCGGAUGAAACCCUGUACCGACGGCCGACUCCUCUGCCCGUCUGUGAGCUGGAGCCGCUCACUGAUGCCGAGGCGGAGCAUGCGGUUCGGGCUCUGAGGGGACGAGGUUCGUCGUUCCACAGUCACCCCUCCAGUCCCGCAAAGGGUCCUCGCUCAUCUCCCGAAGUCAGUUUCCCCAUCGCAGAUUCGCCGCCCACCCAACCCGCUGACCUGCAGCCUUUCAGCGACCUCCAUCCCCGCACCUCAAGUCCAGUCAUGCCCGUUCUGCAUAUUGAACCACAAGCUCACAGCUCGGCCAGCCUCUGCCCGUCCGCAGACCCGUACUCCCUGCCGCCGGUCCUCAGCCCACAGGUGCCUUACACCUCCUGCAUUAUGGAGCCGCACUGCCCGUACUCUGAGCCCCCCGUCCUCAGUCCUCAGCAGUGCACCGCAGAGGAGGCUGUGCGAAUACACGCGUGUGAAAUGGACCCCGGGGAAAGCGUGUCUCGGUGUGUCCCUGUUCAUUUCUCCACAACGCGCGUUUCCUCUGUGGCUUUGACAUAUUCAGAAGGAGUACGGGGAUCAGACCAAGGAAGUGCGUUGGGACUGGGUGAGAACAUGUGCUCCCCCGGUGGUUUGGCGUGCGCUACGAAGUUGUCGCGACGGUCUCGGUCCCUCCCCCGACAGACGGCGGCGACGCCAAACACCAAAAAGCGCUGCAGGUCAGCCAGUCCGGAAGAAAGCCGCAGCAAAAGGAGGAGGUUUACAGCGGAGUUUGGUUACAGAGGCAGCUGGAUUGAACAGGGGCUUACACCUGCCGAACCACAAAGUGACCUGGCAAAACAUGAGGGCUGUUUAUUAUUUGACAAAGUGUCUUGUCAAAUAAAGGAGUCCAGUCCUAAACCAAAGGUCUCCUCCACGUGCACUGUGAAAACACUUGAUUCGCAACCGACUUUUACCAUGUUUUUUGUUCCUACGGGACAGAGUUUCACUGAGGCGUCGCGUCAAACGGGCCUUUUAGGUCCCGGUUGGACUUCAGUCGCCGAUCGUCCAUCUAAGCCACUGUCCUCAGGAGCAAAGACUUCUCCCCCUCUACAGUUCCUCAGGGACGGACCUCCGAGUGCCUUUUCAAGUCAAGACUCUCAACACCUCUCGGCACCGUCCCACUCCACCUCAGUGUGCAUCGAGUCGGCCCUCAUCCCAGACCUGGGCUCGCUCCCCUUGUCGUCGUCGGACUCGGACUGGGACUGUGGCCUCCUCUCGCGCCUCGGAGCCUCCCGCGGGCCUCCGCCGCCCCCCGCCGAGCAGAGCCGCGAGCUCAACAAGGAUCUCCUCCGCAGGCCGUGCGCCUGGAUGCGCGACAGCAGCUACGAGUCGCGGCUGCACACCGUCCUUCAGCCGUCGCCCCCGGCAACCUCACUGUGCGGGGAGGAAGGGGACACUUCGGCGUUUUCCAGGACUGUUGUGCAAAUCGUGGAGGUUCAGCACUGAUGGUCGUUGCCUCUCGGGGGAAAGGAAAGAACCCGCAAGCUGUCGGAUGCUUAAGCUCAUCAGAACAAAUCACAAUUCAAUUCACUGAAUAAAUAUGUAAAACUCAGUGCCAACCAAACUGUUACAUUUAGCUGUGUUUUUUUUUUUUUUUACAGAUGCUGAUUAUUUAAUUAUUUUUAGUUGAGAUGUUAUUUAGUGGAUGUGUAUUCCCAUCAAUAUGAAGAGCGUCCAUUUGUGGUUCUCCCCUCAAGCCCCAAUCGUGCACAGAACCCAAAGCAGUACGUUGUGCUGACUGAAGUCUUCCUGCAGCUCUGUCUGGGAACUCAGAGGGUUGUUAAGAAUUCCAUGAGGCUUUUCUGAAAGGGGGCAUACGCAAUUACUGUGAGUGCCGCGUCUGGAUCAGAGCCCACUCGCGGCGGCGUUGACAAGGCGUUCUCAGAGUGGACGACGUGCACUCCCCGAGUGACACGAGUCUCUCUGAUUAAUGUAAAAUUGCUUUUGAAGGUCAGCCAAAAGACGUGUUUUGUCAAGGGGAGACUGCUGCUUCACGGUGUGUGUGUCCGUGUGUGUGUGUGUGUGUGUGUGUGUGUGUGUGUGUGUGUGUGUGUGUGCGCGCGUCAGGUACGGGCAGGUUAAUUGUCUUCUCUUUUCAGUGUCUGAAGUGUUAAGGCAGCUGCCGUUAAAGACAUGGAGGUUAAAAACCAAACCUCUUCUAUACAUCAUUUCAGUACGCGGAAGGAGGAGCUGUUCUGUUUACGAACAUGUGAAUUAAAUUCUUGUACAGUGUUUUUAAAAUAAAUGUUUUUAAACAACA